AUGUCAAAAAUCCUCUCGUGGGCCGACAAGACCGGAAAGUACAACCGCCAGGGCUCUUUGUACAGAGAUACCAUCAGCUCUGCCCCCAAUGCCAGGUUUCCCCCUGAGGCCAACCGCUACCACUUGUAUGUGUCGCUUGCCUGUCCGUGGGCGCACCGUACGUUGAUCACGCGGGUGCUCAAGGGCUUGACGUCCAUCAUCAGUGUCUCGAUCGUCCACUGGCACUUGGAUCAAGACGGGUGGCGGUUCAUCAACGCUGACGAGCUUGCCCAAGCCAAAGGCGCCAGUGAUCACGCCAAUGGCACUGUUGACCACAUCAACAACUUCUCCAGGCUCAGUGAGGUAUACUUCAAGGCCAACCCCGAGCAUACUGGUCGCUACACAGUUCCGGUGUUGUGGGACAAGAAGUUGGAGACCAUCGUCAACAACGAGUCGUCCGAGAUCUUGCGGAUGUUGAACACAGAGUUCAACUCGCUUGUGCCGGAGAAUCUUGCCCAGAUUGACGUCUACCCCGAGGCAUUACGCAGCGAGAUCGAUGAGCUCAACUCCUGGGUCUACGACAACAUCAACAACGGAGUCUACAAGGCAGGCUUUGCCACCAAGGCCGAAACCUACGAGAAGGAGGUCAGGAAUGUGUUUGUGCAUUUGGACAAGGUGGAGGAGCUCUUGGCCAAGAACCAUGCCGAAGGCAAGAAGCUCGAAUUCUUGUUGGGCAACCAGUUAACGGAAGCCGAUAUCCGUUUGUUCACCACCAUCGUCAGAUUCGACCCUGUGUAUCACCAGCACUUCAAGUGCAACAUCCGCAUGAUCAGACAUGACUACCCCCAUCUCCACAACUGGUUGAGAUUAUUGUACUGGAAGAUUCCUGGCUUCCAAGAGACCACCGACUUCGACCACAUCAAGUACCACUACACGCGGUCGCACAACGAGAUCAAUUACUUGGGAAUCACUCCAUUGGGUCCGUUGCCACACAUUCUUCCCUUGUAG